UACAGAGUAAGAUCUCACUAAGCACAUACCGAUUACUUGCCGGGCUCCAGGUUGCCCUUUAAUGCAUAAUCCCAAAUCCCAGAUCACAGAAUUAGCAGCAGCAACCUACCUACUGAUCACAAAAAGAGAAGGAACCUUCCUCUCUCAAAUACUUCAAACCAUUUCUUCUUCUUCUUCUUCUUCUUCUUCAGUUGGCGUUGCUCUCUCGCCUCGCUGCCCGCUUCUCUCAGGAGCUUCUUCAAGAAUUAAUAUUCAUGCAUAUGCAAUCGGCAUUUUCCAAACCGUCAGAUUGAUUACGUCGUCUAUUGUGAAAGAGCACAACUGGUAAAUCUGCCAGCAUUAUAUAUAUUUUUUCCUAUGGGGUGCGGGGGGGACCCAAGCUCCUCUUACAAAUCAAUUGAGACUAGAGGAAUAACUGGAAACUUGGUGAUCUAGACAUUUUUUUCCAAAAAAAGGGAAAAAACCCCUGGUGUUACACUGAGCACCUGGCCUCUUAUUCUCUCCCGUCUCCACUGCUGAAAUUGCAUCUGCUACAAGCGGGAAGGUCCAGGGUGAGAUCGAUCCUGUGCACAGGAAUAAGAAAAUCCAACAAGCUUAUUAAUUAACUAAUUUGAUUAAAUAAAAGUGAAGGGUGAGAGUCGUGAAACAUUAAGAUCAACAAUGGAAGGGUCGCAAGGAGGAGGAUCAGAGAGAGAAAAGUCCAAUUCAUCAUCAUCCACUACUCCAAUAUCUGCUGUUGCUACUUUCUGGAAAGAUUUUGAUUUAGAGAAAGAAAGGACCAUCCUGGAUGAACAAGGGCUUCGAAUUGCAGAAAAUCAGGAGAACAGCCAGAAAAACCGUAGGAAGCUCGCGGAGAGCACUAGAGACUUCAAAAAGGCUUCAAAUGAAGAAAAGUUAGUGUUGUUCAACUCUUUACUUAAGGGUUAUCAGGAAGAGGUUGAUAAGCUUACCAAGAGAGCCAAAUUUGGAGAAAAUGCUUUUCUUAACAUUUACCAGAAACUUUAUGAAGCACCAGAUCCUUACCCUGUUCUUACUUCAAUUGCAGAGAAGGAUGCCAAACUGUCUGAACUAGAGUCUGAAAACAGAAAGAUGAAGGUUGAGCUUGAAGAAUUCCGCACUGAAUCAACACAUCUGAAAAAUCAACAGGCAACAAUAAGAAGACUUGAAGAACGCACCCGCCAGUUGGAACAGCAGAUGGAGGAAAAAGUUAAAGAAAUUGUUGACAUUAAGCAACGCAAUCUGGCUGAAGAGAACCAGAAAACAAUGGAGGUUCUAAGAGAAAGAGAACGGAUGUUGCAAGAUCAGUUACGCCAAGCUCAAGAAAGUGUUUCCACUAUGCGGAAACUGCAUGAAUUUGCACAAAGCCAGUUGUUUGAGCUUCGUGCCCAAUCAGAGGAGGAGAGAGCUUCAAAACAAUCAGAAGUUAAUCUUUUAAUGGAUGAAGUCGAACAAGCUCAAACUCGUCUUCUUAGUCUCGAAAGAGAGAAGGGUCUUUUGCAGUCUCAGCUACAAUCAGCUAACGAAGAAAGUGGACACAAGAAAAGUGAUAAUGCGGAUGCAAAUACCAUGCUUGAGAAUUCUCUUAGUGCGAAGGAAAAGAUUAUAUCUGAAUUGAAUAUGGAACUUCACAAUAUCGAGACAACAUUAUCAAAUGAGCGGGAAUAUCAUUUGAAUGAGCUGAAGAAGUUGAAGACUUUGCUCAAUGAAAAGGAGCUUGAGCUUGAGGAGUUGAAGAAAGAGCUUCAGGCGAGACCAACUGAAAAACUCGUUGAUGAUUUGCGAAAGAAAUUAAAAAUUUUGCAGGCUGUCGGCUAUAAUUCAAUUGAAGCUGAGGAUUGGGAAGCAGCUACAAGUGGAGAAGAGAUGAGCAAAAUGGAGUCAUUACUUCUUGACAAAAACCGGAAAAUGGAGCAUGAACUGACACAAUUCAAGGUCAAAAUUGCUGAAAAGUCAUCUUUGCUGGAAGCAGCGGAAGUUAAGAUCAGAGAACUAGCAGAACAGAUCAAUGAACAGCAGAGGCUUAUCCAGAAACUUGAAGAUGAUAUCCUAAAGGGUUACAGUUCCAAUGAGAAAAAGGGCAGUUUUUUUGAUGACUGGGACCUUUCGGAGUCCGGAGGCACAAACCAAGUCGAGAGUGCAGAACAAAGGCGUGUUCCCUCCGAUCUAGACCAAAGCUCUAUGCUUAAGGUGAUCUGCAAUCAACGGGAUCGAUUUCGGGCGCGUUUGCGGGAGACUGAAGAGGAAAUAAGAAAAUUGAACGAGAAGAUUGGCAUGCUGACGACUGAACUCGAGAAAACAAAAGCAGAUAAUGUCAAACUCUAUGGAAAAAUUCGUUAUGUGCAGGAUUACAAUUCUGAGAAAGUAAUAUCAAGAGGAUCAAAAAAGUAUGCUGAAGACCUGGAAAGUGGGCUUAGUUCUGACGUGGAAUCGAAGUAUAAAAAAAUAUACGAGGAUGAUAUUAAUCCAUUUGCAGCAUUUUCGAAGAAGGAAAGAGAUCAGAGGUACAAGGAACUGGGGUUGAGGGACAAAAUAACCCUUAGCAGUGGACGGUUUCUCCUUGGCAACAAGUAUGCAAGAAGCUUUGCAUUUUUCUACACCAUUGGGUUGCACGUAUUGGUAUUCACCUGUCUGUACAGGAUGUCUGCCUUAAGCUACCUCAGCCAUGGUCCAGAGGAAAACCUUGUUGGCGACAACGUUAAUCUUCCACAUCCUCAAUGAACUGGAACACUUCUUUUUUAUUUGUUUUGCUUUUCUUCUCCCGCAUCAUUUUCCAAAACACUUUCUACGCUUAGGUAGUAAGGCACCUCGGUACAUUUCAAAAUUGAACAGAGUUUAUUGUUAAACAUGUAUUGUAAAAAUAAGAAUAAAAUGAUAAUGUACGUCACUGGUUUGUUUGUUGCAGGGAGGAAUUUGAUACGUUAAGUGAACAUUAAGGCCUUAUGUAGGUGGGCGGGAUACAUGAGAUGGAUAAUGAGGGAUGAGAUUGUAUUAUCCAACAAAUAGAUUGUCUACUUGUAUGAUUACAUUUGGAAUAAUAUAUAGGGUAAAGUACAGUUGCCAUC